UAUAUUCCAUAGAUUAUAGACGAGACAAAACUACUAGCAUUGCCUGUAGUUGCUUAACCAAUAUACUGUACUUGUAAAAUACGGAUAAAAAGCUUUUAAUUACUAAUGUUACAAUCGAAAAUUCUUGGAUUACAACCAUCACAUUGUCACGAGAAUUCCGUGUGCCAAAAAUUAUAAGCAACGGACGCGCUUCGGCUGCAGGGGACCGGUUGAUUCUUUACAUAAAAUUUCAAUGUGUUCUGGAAAUGGUUUGCAAAGAGGACGUGGUAUCAUGGUUUAAAGAAUUGGAAAGCUAUAAACGCAUAGACGCGAUGUGUACGUUAUUAAAUAUGUGUUUGCCAUUUGAACUGCGUUUCAUUGGCACCUACCUAGAGGAGCUAGGUAAGCGGGACUUUCAGGAGUUGCGUGGUGCCGAACUAAGAGCCAACAACCCCACAGACCUGGCUGCUGACAUCGGAGGCGCUAACACAGACCCCAGGACACGACGGAAAAUGGCCUUGUAUGUUUCGUUGUUACGCUCGUGUAAUUUCGCGUGUGCUACCACAUUGUACAAUGCCAUGGUCAGUUUGGAGCAGAGUGGUUUGUUGAAAGGCUUGUAUGGUGAUCUCCUGGAAGAAAUCCUUCUUCUAUACACCAUGGCGUUACAUCAUCCAGCGUUUACAUUUGAUCAAAAGUCACAUUUUGGUGAAAUACUAGAGAAAUUAAAAAUGGAAGACCAGAGGAUACAAUUUCCAGAGCCACAAGAGCAUAUAAAUGUAGUGCCAGUGAGUGCAUGCCAUACACAGUCUAAUAUCACAGCCAACAUGUCAAUCCCACCGCCUAACUUGUCUAGCUUGGGGCCACCGCCUGGUAUUGUGUUUGUCAAAACACCUGGGGUGCAGUCCAUUAUAUUUCAGCCACCAAGUGCAGAUGCAGUGCCUGAGCUGAGCUCUCCUCCGGUGCUGACGGGUGCUGGAGGAGUGGUGCCCAUGCUAGGAGAAGUGCCACAUCCCCCGCCUGGGUUGCCAAUGCCACAGUACAAUAUGGGAGAAUACUUGGGUCACAACGCAUGGCCUGCAAAUAUCAUAGUAUCACCUAUAAAUCAACCCCUGGAGGUAAUAAAUUACACGGCGGCGAGUGCGGCGCCGACGUCGCCGCUGGUGUCGUCGCCGGGCGAGAGCCGCGCGGCGUCGCCGCGGUCGCGCCGGCGCGUGUCGCGCGAGCGCUCGCCGCCGCCGGCGCCCGCCGCGCCCGACCAGCCGCCGCUGCCGCACCAGCUUGCCGCCAACUUCGAGAGCCUGUCGGUCGCCGAGGUGGGUCACUCUCCGCAUCGCGGACCCUUCGCCGUGUUUGCAGCAGAACUCCUGCGCCACAAACAGCCCCCUGCAUUAAUGCUGUUAUCACCUGAGAUGCGUCAUAAUAUCGGAGACGAGCGGUUACGUGAGCUUAGCGUAGUUCAUCAACAGCAAUAUAGAUCACUGGAGAAGCUGAACGGCGUGCGGCGGCUGGCGGGCCCCUACUGCGCCGCGCGGUCGUCGUCCGACAGCGGCUCCAGCGCCGCGUCGUCGCCGCCCGACACGCCCGCGCCGCCGCCGCGCCGCGCCACGCCGUCCGCGCCGCCGCCCGUGCCCUUCCUGCAGUACCCGCGCCCCUUCGCCUACCCCACGCCGCCGCCCGCCUACCGCCAGCCGCCGCCGCCCUUCGCCAACGGCGAGCCGCCGCCGUACCCCGCGGCCGCGCCCUACGCCGGCUUCGUGUCCGUGCUGUACGCGCCGCCCAAGCUGUCGUGCUGGAACUGCGGCGCCGCCGGCCACGCGGGCCACGACUGCAAGGAGCCCAGCAUGGAGGAGAUGACGCGGGCGGGCGGCUACCAGCUCGACUUCGGCGGGGCGCCGCCCGAGCCCGCCGACAAGUAGGUGCCGCACGAACUCUUCGCGACGUCCUUGUGUCAUCUGUCCAGAUUAGUACCAAAGUGUGAGGUCAAAAUAUUGUAAAUAUCGACCCCGGCCCGCACGGCCGCCGUCGGUACCCGGCGUGAUAGAACCCUUGGAACGUGAAACCCGAAGGAUUUCUUUUGACGUAGAAUGAGAUAUUAGGUAGAUCUAUGUUGUUGAUACUAUGAGCGCUUAUCGGACUAAUUUAUUAGGGGGGUGAACUUUUAUCUGUAAUGUUUAAGAGUAAUUGCACUUUCGAAGUAUUUUAGUAGAAUUUGACGACAUUCCAAUUAUUUUAUUUUAUUUUUUUGUUUGAAUAUCUGUAAAAAUUUUGAACACCGGCAAAUACGCAAUGGAAAAAAAUCUAACUGAAACAAAUCCAUAUGGGAAAAAAUUUAAUAAAAUCUGUUUUCAAAAGGCGUUUGGGUAAAGCAUUAUAUUUUAACUCACAAUUUUACUGUGUUGUUAAAAUACUACAGUAAAACUUUACUCAGCGAUAACUAUGCUGAUCAUUGGGAGAAUAAUGUUUUGCACUACUGGAACUAAAAAAGUGCAUAGCUUUUAAGUUUAAUAAAAGCAAGAACCUUUUGCAUUUUGUGGAUGAUAUCAAGGAAGAGAAAAUGUUUUAUGACAAUGAUGAAAAUGUUACCAGCUAAAUGUUUUUUUUAAAUUAUAACUUUUUUGACAUGCAAAAUGUAUUCUACUGUGAUUGAAUUAUACUAUACCUUAUAGUUAAGUUCUUACUGUUUGUAUUUAUAUGUCAUUUAAUUUCGACCGUGGAGAACAAAAUGACUAGCGGAGAUGUCAUAAUGCAAAAUCUUCGCAGCAAGUAGCGCGCCUAAAUGGGCGGGUGUUCCGGGGAGAACUUAACUAGCUCCGCUCUUGCACAGCUUCAAGACCAAUUUUGACAGAUUGGUAUUGAUUUGACAAGGAAACCGAACGCCUCGUUAGUUCUGACACUUGCAGUACGUUGGUUGACCUACAAGAAGGCGCCUGACCUAUAUUCCUUAUUGCAUCUCCCCUAUCUUUUCUUUGACCGUGAUAUCGACUAGGUAGUUGAAUUUUAUCUCAUUAAAGAGUCCAAUUUUUCGCAUUCUCCUGGAAGAGACUAAAAUUGAAAGUGCAAUUAUUUGUAAACAUCUACUAUGCUUACAGUUCUUGUGUAGAAUUUUUAGGGAAUUCCACCUAAAUCAGCAGCAGCACAAUUUCUAUCAUAGUUAUGUUUUAUUUGGCAGCUUCACUGAACUUUAUGUUAGGACUUUGUAUCAUUAAAUCACAUCAAGUAAGAGAAUUGGUACAAACACUUUCAUUUGAUCAAUUUUAUUGUCUUACAAAUAGUUAACAUGUCAUUUAAAAAUGCGUGCCAUAUAUUGGUGAAUAGUAUAAUUUUCAUGUUUAGUCAUUAUGGAAUUUUAAAAUUUAUUUAGGUGGUAGAAUGAUGCAUACAGUGAAUAAGUACCGUCAAAGCAAUUUUUAAUUUCCUUGAAACCAGUCUUUAUUCGGUAUUAGCUAUUUUUAUGUGUCAACAGACUCCCUCUUUUGUCUCCAAUAAAAAAAUUCACGGCUAAGUAAUAAAAUAAAUCAAAAUUUCUUUAAUUCAUAAUUCUAAUAAUUUGGAAUUGUGGUUGGAACCAAAAAAAAUGUAUUUUAAGUAGAAGAUCAGAAUAAAACUGAGUUUAAGUUACACAAUAAUGCACAUGACAAUUUAGUACAUCUACAUUAGUACAAAUUGAAAUUUGUAUGAGUUGAAAAAUUGGAUUAAGACAAUUAGUUAAGAGAUUUCAUUAAGUGACAUGGUUUAUAGGCUAGUAUAAUAAUAACAUAAUAGUAGAGGUACUCUAGUGUUUGUUUUUAAUUGUUAAUAAUAUUGUAAUCAAAAGCAAGUGUGAAUAAUGUUAGGAUAAACCAAAUCUUAUUUUCUAUUGUUCAUUCAAUAAUUUUUGUGCUGCUUAUCGCGUCUCCCAACACCUUCAGACGCUACGGAAUUCCCUGAAAUUCUUAAAUUGCCUUAAAUUUCUCCCACAACUUUUUAUGUAAUACAUAUUUUUUUGUUCAAAUCAUCUGAACUUGUAAAUAAGACGCUAACUUCUAAACUAUUUAAUAUACAGUUCAAAGCUAAAAAGUGACGAAUUAUAUACAAAAGUACUGAAUUUGUUUCCUUUGUCCCAAGACUGAUCUCUAAUACAUUACUAGCUAAUUAUUGGGCUUGUAAAACCUAAUGUAAAUUGAUGUUCUCUGAGAGUGGAGCGUCGGUGAAUUCAGAAUCGAGGACUGUUUGUUCAAUGGUUGAGAAGCAGCUGAAGUAAUAUUGUGACUGGCCACAUGUAGAUGUGAAUGUACCUAGUAAUGUUGUAACUAUUUUAUACAUAUGAGUUGAACAAGGGAUUAUUUUGAUCAAGCUCACGAAAAUGCAAUGCUCUUAAUUAAAGUUUAUAAUAAUAGUCAUUGUAAAUAGUUACAAAUAUGUAAGAGAGGUGGCACGUCGCAUCCGAUGUGUUCAUAUUUUGUAAAUAAUUCAGUUUAUAUAAAUUAGUUGAUAUUUAGAGAUUGACUAUAUUUGUAAAUUACGUUGUAAUAAUUUGAGUGUCCCUAUAGAGUAUAUUUGAUUGUUUCUCUAUGAUCACUGUCACAAAUCACAAUUUGCAUUUUUAAAGUCCCAGUUUUUGAAGAAAUGUUCAAAUUAGAAGGGUUGUAUAAUUGUUUUUGCAUAAUUAUAAAAAAAAAUAUGUUUUUUUAAUCGAGUCAGAUGAGUGACGCGCAUGGGUGGGUGCUGGGUGCUGUCGCUGUGGCCGAUUGAUUCGCAGCUUGUCGACGAGCCGCUUGAUGCUCAUGCAUCACUUGGACUCGUGUUCUCUUGUAUUUACACACGUCAAGUAUAUUUGCAGAGCUUUGUGCCUUCGACGCACAGCCUAUUCUAUGCAUAGAAAAUAUAUUUGUGUGCUUGAAGUGAUUAAUUUCAUAGUGUAACUGUUAACAGAACCGUAAGGGACUAUUAUUUUGUAAGAUACAUGAUAUGUCACUCCUUAUGAAGGUUGUAAGUCCACAUAACGUAACUUUUGUGUUAUUUAUAUCUUAACAAUUUUAUUAUGAUAUUUAAAACAAGUUGAAGUAUAGAUUAAACAUAGAAAGAGUAACUUAAUAUUUGUAACUUUAUAAGUAUGCCUGUAGCCUAGCCCCAGUGUGGUACCGUUGAUGCAAUAAUUUGAUAGCAUUACAUACUGCAUAUCAUGUUAGAAUGUUCGAUUGAGUGUGAUAUUGAAGUGGAUUCUCUUACAGUUUGCAUCUGCUCAAUUAUUGUUUUCAAUUAAGUACAUUUUCAGUGAAAUCGGUAAAUGUGUAACUAAAAGUUCGUUUUCUACAUAGGCAACAAUAAUAUUACGAUGGUCGGAAAUGUCUAUGCAGCUUUACUUUGUACUAGUGGAGUAUGAAAAUAUUUUUUUACUUUGUACAGAAUGUUAUAAAUGUGAUACAUAAUUUUUGACAUAAUUAGAAAUUGUGAUUUAGUAAGGUGUGUAGUUUAUAAAAAAAAUAUGAAAAAAACUCGCUUUACUAAAUAAAUUAUACUAUUCUACAGCUAUGUAAUGUUGUUUUCCCACGUUUUUAUAUUUGGGUACUUAUAUAUUCUAAGCUGUUGUACCUAUUGCUAGUAAAAUCAAAUUUCAGGAAAUUGAAUGUUUCGGCCCGGUAUUGUCAGACCUCUGUAUCCCACCAAUGCUGUGAAUCAUUUGCUUCCUGAGAAAUAAACAACCAAAAUCUACA